GCGCCGCUCCUCAGACCUGAGCCAUGCACCGUCUGAGUACCGUGUUUCUGCUGCUGUCCGCCAGGGCGGCGCUGUCGGCGUGUCCCAGCGGCGCCGGCUGGGUGGAAACGGCCGCCGGCGUUUGCCAUCUGUCGCUGACACAGACCUUCCCGCCGAUGACGGCCGAUGACGCCCUGGUGCUCUGCGGCGACUUCGAGCCGGCCGCCACGCUGCCCGAGAUCUACAGCUAUAGGGAUGAGCUGACGCUCGAGGAGCUCUCCGGUGGCGCCGACAGCGUAUGGCUCGGCCUGUGGCGGUUCUCCAACGACACUGACUUCCUGUGGCCCUCGGGAGACCCGGUCACAUACACCAACUGGGCCGCGGGCGAGCCUGCCUUCGGGGACGACGAGUGCGUCCUGAUGGAGGGGGCCGAUGGAGGGUGGAAGGUGGCCAGCUGCGCCGACAGCAGCGCCAGCGUCAUCUGCUACCUGCGCGUCUAGCUGUGCCACGGGUCUAAGGUAGCUGCAUAUGACGAUGGGCCAGGGACAUGCCCGGGAGGGAGCGGGGGUGGCGGAUGGUGGUUGGCACGAUGAUAUGCUGUUGCAGUAUUUACUGGCGAUUGUGAAGGUCCAGAGGUACGCUGUUCCAUGGAUGGGCCAUGACUGUUUCAUUGUGGCCCUCUAAGAUCGGGUCUAUGACCUGUAGUUCGCUGCGGAUUACUGCCGGCUAAUAUUGCAUAUUCAGGCCCACUGGGGACCGCUGUCAGAUGUAUUGUGACAACUUCUGCUGAUAGUGCUCUGCAUGACCCUUUGUGACCGCUGCAUUGUCAGCGUGUUAGGUCGCGAUCCGUUGAGGACCACUGUCAACCGCUAAACGCUGUGGCUUGUCGGUGAUUAUUGGUCGGCGCUUUCAUAGAAUUAAGGGCAUUUUUUAACAGAGGGUCGUGGCAAAACAUGUAAAAAAUGAUGUUUUCAAGGCGAGGAAUGUAAUUAAAAAUACGAGGUCCUACGAGGCAAA